AUGGCAUCAAGCGAAUGCCUGUCUUUUCUGUUGAGGAAUGUGUGGGAUGCCUCGACGACCCCAUUCCGCAGCGGGGGCGGUGGUCAUCUGGUGGUUCAUUUCCCUAACCGGGAUCUCCGAAGACAUCCACGUGAGGAAAAACUCGGCAUUCGAGAGAACGAAAACAGAGCCACACGCGUCGAAAAGGCGUCCUUGUCAUUUCCCGGACAGUUUCUUAUCAUAAACCUGAGCGGCGAAGAGGAUUUGGAAGAAAAGCUAGACAUCUUGGUCGCGAGCUCGUGUCCGAGCUCCAGUUGGUCACCCGCGAGGCUGCGGGUUCUGAAGAUCCACCUUCUCCGCUCUCUUCUAAUAAAUUUGAAUUUUCUCCGUCCUCCGAUCCUCCCUCUUCUUCUUCAGCCGGAAUGGGCCUUUCAACAUUGGCUACAAACUACGGAGCGGCAGUCUACACGGCAGCAUUCGCGUUCUCUGCACCAACCAAGGGCCGGUGCGAGAGUUCAUCAACGUGGCAUCUGCGUUGGGUCCUCGGCCUUCCCUCCGUUGGAGUGUGUCAUGCUCUCGCUCCUGUCUUGGCGAUCGUUGCUCUUUUCCUCCGUUGAGGUCGGUGCUGCCCACGCUUUGGGCAUCCACCCCUCUGUCGCGGAGACUGCGUCUGCAACUUUACUUGCAAGCGUCGUUGCAAAAGAAACACGAACGAGCAGUCCCGGUAUCAACGUAUCGGAUUCCUUGUGCCCGGGUGCGGAGCGAUGGCGCACGCCCUCGAGAGUACAGCAGGAAACAGAUGGGUACUCCGUGGUGGUGAAACACCGUGGCGACGAGGGCACACGAAUGCGGCUUCCCACCACACGAAAAAAGGACGCUAAUGCCAAAGCACAGACGACUAGUAGUGCUUCAUGUUGUAACCUUCCGUCGGCGGUCCACGACAUUCUUUCCUCUGCUGCCGUACCAGGGACAAGUCAUGCGUUGCCCGCAUCUCUUUGCCCCCGUGUGGCUCUCAUGAGAGCUAUCGCCUACUGGUAUUGUCUAGAGCAGCUGCAGCUUCCGGAUCCGUGGCCUUCGUCUGCCGACGCCGACGCGGGGAGGGACCGCUGGAUGAGGCCGGGAAAACCGGCCGUUUCUGCGUCGCUGCCGGAGCAGGUUUCCUUCCUGGGUACGCCCGUAAGCGACACGUUUUCCCUGUCAUUAGUAGGGAGUCCCAGCACUGGGUCAACCGCUGCGGCACGGGGCUUCACCCGUGAGGGGCUUAGCGGGACAGAGGAAAACGGAACCGGUCACAGUGCUUUCGGCAUGGCUUUAGAGGCCUUGCCAGUCUGUCGUAGCCCCAAUGACGGCUUCUCAGGUGAUUAUGCAGCAUAUGAAAAUGCAGCGGGGAUCUACAGAGGCCGGUUUCGCGCUCGAGAGAGGAACACCCCGAGCUGCGGGAGCCGCUUGUUGAAACAGCUUCAGGAUUCUUUCGACUCUGCCAUGAUAGCCGUCCUAGAGCGGCAGCACGAGUCUCUUGUUCAGCUUCGAGAGAGGCAGAGCACCGAAAUGGAGGAAGCAUGUGGACGGAGAGAGGAACACGUGGCGCGGGAAGCGAGUGGUUGUUCUGUCAGUGGACACUCCGUUGGGUGUCCUAUGGCCAGGAGGGGUGUCGGUGCACAGGAGACCGCAACUGUAUUUCCUGAUGCUGCAGCUUCGAAGAAGUCAGACAGAACAAAUGGAAGUGCCGGCGAUUCUGCGGCACCAGAGGAAUAUGCAAAUGGGGCAGAGGAAGCACCAUCGGCGUUGGGCACGCGAGAAACACAGGGAGCACAUACUCUGCACACUUAUCAGGCAGAGAAUGUGGGUCGGAACCAAGCGCCUGCAUUUGGUCAGUCAGUAAAGAAAGUCCUGGGAAUUGCUGGGGACCAGAGCAUCAUCGAUCGAAACCGUGAAGAAGCAGCGGCUGUUGAGGCUCUCGUGCUCCAGCAUGUCAGCGAGUUUGAGUUGCUCGAACUUCACUGGCGAGCUGAGCGAGCUCUACUGAAGCAGCAACAUUUGCAAGAUUUGAAGGAUGUAGCUAUUGACCUCUAUUUGCUGCACAAAGCCGCCCUAGAAGGGCACGACAGUCCCCUGAUUCUUCCGGCACUCCCCUCUGCUCAGGAGAGCGACAUGCUUCCUGCUGACUGGCAUUCACACUACCGGCCAGACAACCAGAACGUGGAUGCAGAUCUUCAACAAAAGGAUACCGAAGGGGCGGCGCAUUAUCGUGGCUCCAAAUCAACAGGGCAAGUCCUUUCAGAAGGUCGACUGGUCGAUAUGAGCAACUGGUGGCGGACCAAGGCUAACGAAGGCAAAGAUGGUCUAGGUGAAAUUGUACCUACAGCCGGGCCCCCAGUGUUCUUUUCCACCCCUGUCACCACGCUUUUGGAGGGCACGCGCUUUCGCCCAACGAAUGCAACGUCCAAGGGAGAGGCCAGUUUAUCGAGAAACGGCUCUCGAGUUAUCGGAGCAUUCUCGGACUCUCUCCCUGGGACAGGGGCAGCUUCGCACGACCACAAUGGUGCUUUCCGAUCUGGUGCGUGGCAACGCCAACCACACACUCUACAUCCCGUGCUGGACAUUGUAACGCCAACGAGCCUUCUCAGACGCUUCAUUGAACACAGAAGGAGGCAGCAGCAAAAGGAUGCACCGCAACGAACACGAAAGAAACUCGAAGAGAGGAGACUCGGCGAACCGCAAGGUGUGUCAGUUUCGUCAUCUCGGUCAAAUGACACUCAGCCUCCCAGGUCGCGGCGUCACAGCUACAGCGACAUCGUAACCAGGUCAGGGCCUGUUUCUCGGGAGGUCGGUGCGCGUCAAUCGCGGUCGUCGAGCUCAGUGCUCGCGGCAGGGAUGCGUCCGGCGCCGUCGUUCAAUCAUAAGGGAGACGGAGGAAAUCUGUCGUCUAGUGGGACAGCGCCAGAAAAACCAAUUGUUUUCACCUCUGUUGUGGAUGUAGAUGCACUUAUGGGUCCGGCGGCGUGGGAAGCAGGCUUACGGAGCUGGCCAGAAGAAAAUCUGUUGAUGAGACUGAAGCAACACGCAGUCGUACCUCUCAUGUUUGGACAUCAGCGAAAGAGAAGCUUUGUUAUCCGAGUUUGCACCGGAAAUGUCACUGACGUCGCCGAACACGCGUCGUCCGCCAAUGCUGCUGGUGGACAAAGGUCCUCAGGUGCUGGAUGGUCUGGCGUCGAAGAACGCAUUCCGAAGAAGCCAGACGAUAGCACUUGCCGUAGCGGCACCGGCGCCUCAAGCUCCGAUAGACUGGAACACUCAUGUGGUGGUGUGGUGGACUACCUUUCUGGCAUGACUGCGGUGUAUGACUACCAUGCGACAGAGUGCCCCUCCCGGGCGGAGUUCUUUUGGGUCGACUCGGUGCGGUCUCCUUUAUACACUCGCCAUUAUUGCUCAGAUGACGUGAUCACUGGCGGGCCAUACCCACCACGCAUAGGCAAGUCAUCGGGCGUUGACCAUGCUGCUGUCAACGCGGGUGUCAGUUCAGUGACUCUCUCACGACAGGUACCUUCCAGCGACCCCGCAAUUCCUACUCCGUUGUCUUCGUCAGCAUAUGCUGGCCAGGCGAACUCUCGCGGACGAGCGUCAAGGCAGGCAGCUUCAGAGACAGAGGACCACCGUGGGGGACAUCUCUUGGCAAGCGCAUCGUCAAGAAAUGGCUGCUCUUCUUUUUCAUUGGUCGGACCGACGCCGUCGCCACUUGUCGCGAUCGUCUUGCCAGUCACGAGCUCCUUAAAACUUCAGGCGCCAGCAUACCAGCAGUGGCGUGCACGAACUGCGGCAGCCAGCGACUUUGUUUUUCCUGGAAUAGAUGAGCAGCACCGAAUGUUGGAUGUCUACCUCAGUCGGCGAAAGGCGGCACAGUUCAAGGAGAGGCAGUUUUGUGGGAUUCUUCCCAGCCAACAGGGAGAUGCGACAGCUGCAGCAGGUCAGCAGGGUGCUGUUCUUUCCGGCCACAAAGCAUCUUCGCCAGCGCUGAAUGUCGGUGAGAUUUUCGUCUCGCGCCAUUCCAACAAUGGCGGCGUCAGUGUAGUCUUCCACUUGGUGGUAUCAGGGACAACUAGCAGUAGAAGGAGCGGAGAGGCAGUAGAUGAAGCGUCGCCACAGCGUUCGCAGCGCAACAUUAAUCAACAGACUGGAUCGCCAUGGGAUAUUACACACGGCGUCGGCCCCACCAAGCAAUCGUCAGGAGUUGAUUCGAAUGGCGGAGAAUCAGGUGUUGGGCAGGCGGAACGUGGUGAAAGAGUUUCGAACACCAGUUUACCAGAGAGGCAGAAAUGGGAUGCCAUCGGGGACUCCAACAAUCUGCCCAAUAAUGAAUCAUGUCUUACUCCCGCUUCAGCUCGGAAGGAGAGGGUCGAGACGAACCAAAUGGAUGAGACGCGCCAAUGGGUGACCGCCAGCGUAGUCGAGCACGACGCCUCGUUGCCGUGUGAACUGCAAUUUGGGUUGAAGGAGAUUUUAAGUGUUUCCAAUACAACUGGGAUACGUACACUGGUGAUGCCCCUGCUAUUGAUGGAGGGUGGUACAGCGGAUUGUUCUCUACCCUUCGCCCAGCUUCAACGGCGUGUGUUCCAGGUGCUGCGGUGUGUGAUAAACGAGCUACGAUCUAUUGCUGACUCCAGCGACCGUAGCCCGCAGCUCAGACAGGUGGUGCUGGUGCUCCCUCAACAAUCGCAGCAGCAUGAAGCGGGCAAGGGCGUAGCAAGGGAAGGGGAUGCGCUGGCAGGAGAUGACGGAGGAGAGUGCAAGGCUCAGGACCAACGUUGGAUCGAUGGCAUUUUGAAAUCUACCAUCAAUUUCAUCAGAAACAGCACACAUUGUUGUACUCUUGUCAAAUGA